AUGCGCUGCGGCACGAGAUUCCUCGGCGUGUGCCUUGCUCUGGGCCUUGCACUUGCGUCGAAGACCGAGUGCUCAGAGGCUGGUGCUGCGGAUGAUGAAGUGCAGCUCAUGCAGAAGCAGCAUCAAAAGCAAAAGCCUGUCCAGCAUGGAGGGUGGGCAAGGCCCACCAAGGCCGACCCAGAGCCACGAGCUCCCACCAUGAUGCAAACUGGACGGCAAUCGCCGCUGCUGUGCCAGGACGCGGAGCCCCAGGCUCCGAAGAACGUGACUCCCGGCUUCGUGGGCGAUCGUCCGACACGGUUUAUUCCCCUGGAUGGUAACAUUCCCAAUCAGCUUAUCCAGGUAAACCUUCAUUGGCACCUUGGUGCGGAGCACUACAGCCUGGGCGAGUAUGACAUCACUCCGGGAGGACCUACCGCCCGCGACGCGGAGAUUCAGUCAGUCAUCCCGGCUCAGCCGCAGCCCUCCUCGACGCAGCCGGGCUUCUUCUGCGACGUGAAGGGCUUCGAGGACAAGCUGAACGCGUUCAAUUUCCAGCACUGUGUGGAUGCCUUUGUGGGGUACACCUACGAGUUCCAUUGGGUGUAUUCCUCCGGUGGCCCACUCUCCGACACCUUCAAGCUUUGGCCCGGUUUGGGGCAGGUCUUCAACCGCACCAUCACUCCGCAAAUCGUCGUCCGUGGACAGGCCUGCCGAGUUAUCAACGACGAGAGCUUGACGGCGGCUGAGAUUGAGGCGGACUAUCAGAACUUCAUUCAGCAGUGGCGUCAGCCUCCUUUGAGUCAAGGGGUUCGGUACGUUGGGUCCACGACGGGUUCAUCUGUCAACAAUGAGGUGUGCUCCCCCGUUACCGUGCAUGGGUGGCAUGUGGACACCAAGUGCUGCACGAUCCUGGCCCAAACCAUGGACCGGACUUGCCAGGAGAUGAUUGCCCUGGGCCUCGCCGACGAUGUGAAGCCAAAGGGCUCCCGCGAGCUGGUCGCCAAGGAGUGGUCAUCCAUCGUGCAGUACCCCCUCGCUGUUUCGCCGCCUGCGACCAGAUAA